AAGGGCGGAGGCGCCGGAGGCUGCCGAGCCUGGAGGCUGUGGACGCCGUCGGGUUCGGCGUCCUCGUUGGGCCUCAGCUCCCGGCCCGGCCGGCCCGCCGAGAUUAGGAAGUGGCUGCCUGAACUGUUUUCCAAAGGAUAGCUUUACAAAGCAGCAGCUCACCAAGUUUACAAAGUUUACAACUUUACAAAUACGGCAGCUCACCAAAAAGAUCCCACUGGUUUGGGCGGAACACAGCUUCCAGCAGCCACAAGGGAUGCUGCUGCUCAGGUGCCAUCUGAAACGAGCUCUUCCCCAGAAGGUCUUGUGCAGGCUCUGUGCAGUGAUGGGGAAACUGCAGAGCAAAUUCAAACACAGCACUUACAAAUACAGCAGGCCUGAUGGAUUUAUCGAAGAGAGGAUUCAAACUAAAGCCUUUCAAGAGUAUAGCCCAGCUCACAUGGAUACCGUCUCUGUUGUUGCUGCUCUGAACUCAGACCUCUGUGUCUCCGGAGGAAAAGAUAAGACAGUUGUGGCCUAUAACUGGAGAACUGGAAAUGUGGUGAAAAGGUUCAAAGGACAUGAGCGUGAAAUCACCAAGAUAGCGUGUAUUUUCAAAUCAAGCCAGUUCUUCAGCGCCUCUCGCGAUAAGAUGGUCAUGAUGUGGGACUUGCAGAGCUCCUCACAGCCAAGACAGAAGUUCUCUGGCCACACCAUGGUGGUCACUGGACUGACCGUGAGUCCAGAUUCAUCACAACUGUGUACUGGCUCCCGUGACAACACCCUGCUCUUGUGGGAUGUGGGCACUGGACAGUGUGCAGAGAGAGCAUCAGUCUCCAGGAACCUGGUCACUCACUUGUGCUGGGUCCCCGGAGAACCUUACAUACUCCAGACCUCCGAGGAUAAAAGCAUCAGACUGUGGGACAGUCGGGGGCUGCAGGUAGCUCAUACAUUUCCCACCCAGCAGCACAUCCAGACGUACUGCGAGGUCAGUGAGGAUGGGCACAAGUGUGUCUCCUGCAGCAGCGGCUUUGAAGGGGAAGGCUGUGAAGCCACGCUGUGGGACCUGAGGCAGACACGGAGCAGAAUCUGUGAGUACAGGGGGCACUUCCAGACCGUUGCGUCCUGUAUCUUUCUACCCAGAGCUUUAGCCUCGAUGCCUGCAAUUGCUACCUCAUCACAUGACUGCAAGGUGAAGAUCUGGAAUCAAGACACGGGAGCCUGCCUUUUCACCUUGUCUCUGGAUGGAUCAGGACCUUUGACUUCCCUGGCUGUGGCCGACUCCAUCUCCUUAUUGUGUGUGAGUUUCAGCAGAGGAAUUCACUUACUCAGGGUGGACCGCAGCCAAGGGCUGGAACUGCGGGAAGUGGCGGCAUUCUGAGGCCAAGAGACCUUCACUGGACAAGAGCAAACUGUGGCCCCUUCUUUCUCAGUGUGACUUUGUGUUUUUUCAUGUUCUCUUGAGGGGAGGGCGAUCUGGAGCUGAUGUUCUUUGCUUAGGUUCCCUUGGAAGAUACGUCAGUGUUAGAAGUCAAUUUAAGUCAAAAUCAGGUGCAGAGAUUAGAAAUACGGACUCAAAUCUGGCUCUCAAUUGAAAUUAAAUCCAAGUACAAUUUUUAGUGAGCUUUGGGGACUACUCUUUAAGAAAAGUGAGUAUAUGAGCCUCUCGAUGGCCCACACUCCUAUCUGUGGAGUGUUUCUCCCAAGGCCGUCUUACCUUCCAAGAUGGACUGCAUUAUGUUCAUAGAAUAUGUAUCUCUCUUAAAAAAAAAAAAGGUUUAUAGCUCAGAAUGAUUACCUGUGGGUAUAAGAGUGAUAGGCCUCUGUCUGUGAGAGUCAGAACACAGGUCUGAGUCUGCUGAACUGACCUUUUCCAUGUCUCCACGAAAGAAAAAAGUGUAGUGGAGAGAGAAACUGUUGUGGUUGCCUCACAGUUAUCUAGAUGGGAAAGGUUAGUGCAGCUCCAUGGAAGAAAGGGAUUGCAGACAUGAAAUUAAGCUCUAAUCACAGCCCCUUCCCAGCGUAAAGAAUCAAAGUUAGGGCCAGGAAGCAAAAGCCGCCUGGGCCAGCGCUGCAUGAGCAGGAAGCCUGCGGUGGUGGGCAAAGAGGGUGACAGCCACCCUGCCCUCCCGGAAUCGGACGGAUCAUCAGACCCAUUCCAUGGACACAGGAAUGGAGAGGUUAAGGCUAAGAACUUCGUUUGUGUAUUUUACUAUCUUUACUUAGUUUUAUAUAACCCUUCCUGGGAGAUGGCCAGAGCGAGGCAAAGGGAGUGCCUGCCGUGACAGUGGAACAUGGAGAAAGAAGUAGGAAGACGGACCCAACCGUGCCAGCCACUGAGCCCCCGCGGUGAGGAGGAGCGGGGUGCUCCCGUCUGUCUGGGUGGUCCCCAGGAGAUCGGUCCCGAGCCUGGUGCUCACAAGCCUGCUUUCCUCCAGGGAAAGUAGACUCACUCCUGCCUCCGGCAGGCCCCCACAUAAGGUAGCUGAGGCCUGGAAAGUCCCUUUCUGAUGAGUCCCAAAGAGUCCUCUCUGGCCCCUGCCUGUCCCUGAUACCAGUGGCUGACAGCCAUCUUCCAUGUCCCCCUCUUGCUCCUCUUUGGGGCCAGCUCCCCCAUGCUGUCUCCAGCCACCGGAGAGGAGCAUCUUAAGCUGAUGCAAAGCAUCAGACCCAGGUUGGACUCUCCAUGUCCCCAUUCAGCUGAAUGAUCUUGAGAAAGUUAAAAAACCUCAGUUUCCUCACUGAGAAGAUGGAGCUCAUAACCCUACCUUCCUCACAGGGCUGUUCUGAGAAUUGGACCAUGUUAAAUGCCAAGCAAGCUGCUGGAUGCUCACAGUUGGCAGCCCCAGCUCCCCAGUGCCCUCUCUGCCCAGACUAGAUGCUGUCCUUGCCAUGGGACACAUCCACCACUCCACCCAUACUCCUUAGGUCGUGGUUUCUAACCCUUCAGUCAUUAUCCAGCUUCCCUGUGAUCCCUUAAGGCACAGAUCUUUGAGCCCUAGAAGGACAUGGUGAGAGAGGAAGAGGCCUCACUGAGCACCAGCAGGUGGCUGAACACACAUAUUCCCACUGUGGUUCUGCUAGUCCCCUGUCACAGAUGAGCAGACUGAGGCCUGGGGACGUGCAGUCCUCUGCCCGAGGUUACACACAUGGGGAGAAAGAGGAGGAGCCCUUUGCCUCACCCCUUAGCCUCUGCAUGAUGUCACAAAGUCCACUUCAGAAAUUCUUAGACCGUGACACUGUUUGUAUCUUUUCUAGACCAGUUAUCCACUUUUGGGCUCCAAAGAGACCUCCUAACAAGGGGCCUGAGAGUAGUAGACGGGUGUCUCAGGUAAAGUCCUAGCAAGUCUUAAACUAAUAGUGCUACAACCGAGCCUUUUUUUCUAGGAAGAAGAAAGAGAAUCUAAGGGAGUGGGUUGGGAGGGGGUCCCAGGGAAGACGAAUUAGAGGGAAUGUAUGUGAGAAAAUUCGGAGAAGGCAGUGGCACCCCACUCCAGUACUCUCGCCUGGAAAAUCCCAUGGAUGGAGGAGCUUGGUGA